AUGCCGUACCGCAUGUGGGGCUACAAGCUGUCCUGCACGGCGUGCAGCCACAGGUUGUCGGGAGCCGGACUCUACAGGACCGUCCGGAGGGUCCUGGACACAGAUGGAUGGUACUUCAUGGCCACGGAGUACCUAGAGUGCCGGCGCUGCAGGAAGAAGGUGGCAGGCUGGUCGCAGGAUAUCCUGGAUCAGCUGCACCACACCCACCGGGAUGACUUUCCAGCUAUCCUGACUUACAGGUUAUCCUGCGACGUAAAGCUGAUUGGGCAGAUGAAGGAGCGCACGCUGGGCAAUGGGGCCACCCGGCUGCGCAGAUAUCUGCUCGAGCAGCACACCAAGUCCUGGCUGACGCGGUCCAAAAAGUUCAUGUAUGCGGCCACCAAAUUUAUCACACCGGGUGUCGAGCCACCUGCGGCCUCGCUGCUUCUACCGCAGAUGACCCCGGUGCCCGGUACAAAGUGGUUGUUGUCUGUCUAUGCCAGGGAGGUGGCUUCGAGGAUAGAUGAGAUCAAGGCCCGGAUCACCUCCAUCUUUGGCUCAAUCCUGAAGAUGGACUCAACCAAGAAGGUGACCAAGAAACUCGCCGGUGCCGCGGCAGGAACAGCAGCCUGGGUGACCAACGUGGGGAACAAGCACGGCCAGGUCCUUAUCAGCGUCCUCACUGCAGCCGAGGGCGCUGGCCUGCACCCCAUGGCCACUGGGCUGAUGCGGCGAUACCGUGAUGCCAGUGUGUCCCCGCCUCUGGUCCUCUACGUGGACCGAGACUGCUGUUCCCACGGGGGACCCUCCAAGGUGUCCCUCUUAUUCCACCAGUGGGAACAGCUGGUGGUGCGGCUCGACGUGUGGCACCUGAUGCGACGCUGCGGCCGGUGUCACCACGGAGAGCCACCCACUAUAUAG